AUGGUUCCAUUCAAUCGACUACAACUCAGCAAAGAAGAAUUUGUUCUCCUUCGGGCUAUAAUUUCAUCACAUUUUGUCUCAUGUGAUUUAAGUCGACAUGGUCGACAAUUAUUACUAACUGAGGCAGAGAAAUAUUCUGAUAUGUUGAUGAAAAUGUUACAGGUGUUUUAG